UUUUUUUUGCAGUCGCUGCAAUACCAUACUUUUUGUUUUUGGGGAUGAAACAGUAAAAAAGUUACUGUUGUAGCUGCUUUUCCACCAUUGAGAGGACAUUUGACAAUUUUUGCAUAAAGCCGAAGCUUCCAAAGUCCCAAGAUGGAGGAAUCCAAUCGCGGUAUGGCUGGUAGUGAAAACGUAUCACAAUUUAUGCUCGAUGACCUACAAUUAGCUGCCGAACUUGGAAAAACCCUCUUAGAACGCAAUAAGGAACUCGAAACGUUCAUCAAGGAGUACAAAAUUAAGGGGGAUGAACAGGAACUUGAAAUAUUGCACCUGCGUAAGCAUAUUAAUGCAAUGACCGAGGUGAAUGAUUCACGGCUUAAAGUUUAUGAGCAAUUGGAAGUCGGUAUUCAGGAUUUGGAACGUGCCAAUCAGCGACUUAACAUGGAAAAGAAUCGUGAUAAGAAGCAAAUCAAGUCCCUAACAACCAAUACCGAAGUCCUAGAAGCGCGAUGUGAGGAACUCAAUCAACUUUUGAGCGAUGCAAGGCAAUCCCUAAGCACAGAAAGACGAAAAGUCGAUCAAUACCAGCAGGAGCGUCUUAGAAUGCAGCAUUCAGCCGAGGGUUCCGUUUCCAGUCACAGCAUCAAAUCGUUAUGUAAGGAUCAGAACUUGGACCUUUCUAAGCUAGACGUUCAGGCAAUUGCGAAUUCAACAAGUCUUGAGGAAAUGUCCUAUAAUAAUGCCACAAUGUGUGAGAGGACCGCUGCUAAGGGUGAAGAAAACGAGGAAUUGGUAAAACUGCUUAGCGAAAUGGAGGUUAUAAAACGUGAUUUUCUGGCGGAACAGCAACGUUGCACUGAAUUGGAGGAACAAUUGGUAACCAUCAUCCAAGAUAACCAGGGUCUACAAACUCGAUUACUCGAAAAUAGUGCCAACGAGGGAACAAUGUCCAUGCACGAAGAGUUCUCCCUUCUUGACGACGUGAGACAAGGUCAAAUGUGUAGUCGUUGUCUGCGGGAUAUAAACGAGAGUAAUACCAAUAUGGACGACCAAUCUUCCAUUGCACCAACCGAAGAGAUUUACGAGGAUGACGACCGAAGUAUACAGUCUUGCAGCGAGAACACUUCAAAGUGCGAUAGUAGUGCAGUUGACUACAAGGAGCGUUUCCGAAUUCCCGAAGAUCUUAACCUUAACGCUAGCGACAAACCAAAUCCGUAUCGAGACCUAGUCGAAAAAUAUGAGGCUUUGGUGGAAGUUAAACGAACCUCAAAUGCCGUCAAGAACAACUUUGCUACCAAUUCGGAGGCCAAAACUAUAAACGAAUUAAGUCAAAGCAAGAAAACAGAAAUAGUUGUCAAUAGCUCAAAGGAAUCUGCAGACCUCAUGAUGGACACACGAAAGCGCACUCCAACCGAAUUUUCGGAAUCAGAAACCACAUCAUCUGGAUUCUCGGAUGAAACUAGCAACAAGUGCACACAAACUGACGAGCGCCCUAGUUUCUUCCUUUGCUCAAUAAGUAAUGGAAACGAUUGUAAGUUUAGUAUUUAUGACGAUGUCAGUCCCAUUGAAUCUCAUUUCCGCAAUCGUCCGGAGUACCGAGAACUUUUCAAGGAGAUCUUUGGAGUGCUCAAAAAGGCAGCUGAGAAUAACGAAGUAGACAAACUACCGUCCCUCCAUGAUGACGCACAGGUGGUAGAAAGGUUACCCUUGAUACCGGCAAAAGUACCGCCAGUCACACCAGAACAAGAAGAAUCUCCAGAUGAAUUUAAUGACGACACCCAGAGCGUCGUGUCCUCGGUUAUAUCGAACCAGUCCAUUGCAAUGUCCGAGUGCGUUACCAAGUUGGAACGCAAAACAGCCAAAAAACACAUUUUCGAAGCGCGAAACCAACAAUGCCAAUCGUCACUUACGCAAUCUACUCUCUUAAAUAGCUCUUCUAAGGAAACGACUGUCGGCGAACCGAAUACAAAACCGUUCAAGGAAAAUGGCCAGGUACUUACUCCACUGAAACGUGAACCCCUCGAAUAUUUAACUGUCGGUGUUGGGGUUAAAAAGAAGAACCGACGAAAGCACCGAAACCAAAGCUCGCCUGGAGAUCGUAUCGAAAUAUUUAACUCCCGGGAGUUCACUCCCAGAAACAGUCCUCUUGCCUCGAAUAGUCGUGGUGGUCAGGGCAGCUCAAAAAUGUGUACGGAUACAUUGAAUGCGGAAUUCAAUCGGAGCCAUCGCAGACGGAAUACUCCUUCCUCGAGCAAUUGGAACGGAUCGCCAAUGGUAAUCUAUAACAAAAACGUGAAUACUCCCCAAACUUCCCGUGGACGUGUAAUAGAACUAAACGGAGUCGAAUUUUAUCAUAACACUGUAUCUCAAGAUCUACAUAAACUUAAAAAACUAGACCUAUCUUAUGCUGAAGUACUUCGCCGAGCCGAUGCCGGUGCCGGUGAUCAUAUUCCGACAAAAUCACAUUCCCAGCGACUUCACAACAACGGAGCCAACAUACGAAAGAACCAUCAUCAGUAUCGUCAAAAGUAAUCUUGUUUAGAGAAUGUAAAUAAUUAAUUAUACAUUGCAUUCUAGCCAUAGGGCAUUAUUAAAUUUUUUAAAUUGUAUGUGCCAUGAAGUCUAGUCCGCUUUUAUGUAUAGACAGUUAAAUUACAAUAACAAAUUAACUAUUAACGGAAAUUAAAUUGUAUUUCAGCAUGAUCAAAUAAAUUAUUAAAUCACCUACCUACUUAA